AUGUCCGCAGAACGCCCCGAUCCAGCAUACGACGCUAGCGCGGACUACCCUAUGCAGUUGAAUAACUAUCUUGGCCGCACCGGGCAGCAAGAGAGCUUCAGAUGGGACACCGCCCAAGAAGGGCCGACCGCUUAUCCGAAGCACCGCGCAUAUGCUAUACUAAACGAAAAGAUUAUUGGGCAAGCCCAGGGGAACUCGAAAAGGAUCGCGAAGAAGGUUGCAGCAUUUUGGGCGCUCAGGUCUCUAGGACAGGUGUAA